AUGUGGCCUUUGCGGCCACUCCUUGUCCUGGCCCUGCUCAUCCUCCCACGAGCCGCACAAACAAUAGCAUUGCCUGCCCACCAGCCGGUCGACGGCGACGAUGACCAAGUCCGCAAUGCAAACCAUGUGUUCAACGCCAUCCAUUCUUCUAUGCGACAAUGGGGAUCAUCGAUCCAUCACAACGGCAUGUCGUUUUUCCCAGCCCUAAUUCCAGCUGGAACGCAGUUCUACCAUGGCAACCCCAACAGGGAACCCGUUCAAGGGCUAGAAUGGCUUGCAUUCGAGCCCGAACAUGCGAUCAAUUUUGCAAGAAGAUUGUAUUUGCCGCAUGAGCCGGUGCACCCACAGGAGGGUAGAGAGGCAGAGUAUGCCAUCCUGCCCGAUCCGCCUCUUGCAAAGCACGAAAUUAGUUCCUAUACGCUGAGGGAAGCACAGAACAUACUGUCUCACAGGAGCCGGAGUCAUGAACGCAAGCCCGAGAGGCCUCAUGUCGAACCAGGCUGGCUCCACACUUAUCGAACCAAAGAGAUAACUCCGCUGCUCUACAUCGACGGCACAUCAGCCGGUAAAUGUGAUAAGGGCACCCUGGACUCGCAAGACAUUCUGCUUCUCAAUACUACGUCUGACGGUGGCGGCAUGAGAGGGGAGAAACAACGAGCGCACGACCUUUGCAAACUAGCUCACGAGCGUUGGGAGGGCAAGAUCAAGGGGUUCAUUCGCAUGGAGGCUGGUUUCGAGAUCAUCAUGUGCUCCUUCUCUGCCACCUUGGAUUUCGUGCAAUCGGUGAGGGCCGGUCCAUUUUCACCCGAUUCAGGUACCGACGACAAAAGCUUCGGUUGGCAAGUGUGGAAAUGGAUCAAAUUUGUUGCCGCUCGUUAUGACGGCAUUGGUGGUGGCAGAGUGAGACUAGACUAUGACUAUUUCGUGACGGCAUACGCCUAUGAUCUCGAUCUGUUCGAUCGAGAGACCGACUUGCCAAGGUUGAAGGGCCUUUCAACCGCAGCUCUGGACCGAGUUCGACAAGAUGUUGACAGUAUGAUAGAGCUAUGGGAUCCUCUCAGCACCCUCGAUGACAAGAUGUCUGUCGACUGGCAAAGUAUUGCAGAUAUGGUGGUUGAGCGUUAUGCAGGGCUUCUGGAGUAUCUGCUGAGAGGCAGUUGGACAAGUGCCGAAGACCUUUUUGACGAGCUGAAGCUGAUUUUGCGCGUGUUUGUUGACUCAGAUGCGCGAAACACAACAGCGGAGGUGAAUCGUUGUGUGGCCCAGUUCAACCCGGACGCUGAUGCCUCUACCUCGAUUGCGGGCCGCUCGAUCCGGGCUGUGACGAAGAAGAUCUGCGAGACUCUAUUCGCAGCGCUCAACACGAACGUCACGCUAUCGCAGUCCAUGGAAAAAUUGCGGUCGCUCACCGAUUAUCUCGACUGGUCGGUCUGGAAAAGGUGUCCUCACUGCGCGUUCAACGAGGUCUGUUUCAUACCAAUGUGGCCAUUUGGCGCUGCGGAAGAUCGGGAGCAUCCACGUUGUAGGAAUUCCAGUGAGCUGAGCGGAAGAACAGGUUACUGGGGGGAUCCUCAUUUCCACGAGAUGGACGUUGAGAUGAGACAUCCCGCUGGGGCUUCAAAUGAAUUGGACAAUUACUAUCAUGAAUUGUAG